UCCCCAUUUCCUGCUACAAUGCAAAACUGCGCCGGACAAACUAGGGUUCAUCAAUCCGCUCCAAUCCACCCUCAAAAACUUCACAAGAUUUCUCCCCGCAUCCACCGCUCCGAUUCCCCAUCCCUUUCCAGCCAUAUCUCGAACUAAAUCAAUCCAUCCAGUUCACAUUCAUGGCGGAAGAAAGAGAAAGCUUCGAGAGUCAGUGGGCGCCCUCCGAUGUGACGGAAGACAAUCUGAAGGAGAUGGUGGCACACGGCGUUCUUCCAGCAAAAUAGAUCAUCGGGUGGCGACCGGCAUUUGGUGAGGCUUUCCCGACCCCCGAUACACAUGAAAUCGUGGUAUUUGCUCAUUUCUUCUAUGGCGGAUUUUCUCUUCCAACUUCGAGAUUUUUCCGGGGCAUUCUGAACUUCUACGGGAUUAGCUUGCAUCACUUGAAUCCAAACUCCAUAGUACAUAUUGCCAAUUUUAUCCACGCUUGCGAAGCUUUUCUGGGCAUUAGGCCUCAUUUCGCCUUGUUCCGCCGCAUAUUCUUCCUCAAGCCCCAGCCAAACAAAAACAAGUCGUGCGUUGUUGGGGGAGCUGGUUUCCAACUCAGAGGAACCUUGAGCCAAAAAUAUUUCUCCAUGCCCUUCAAAACCUCGAACAAAGGCUGGCAUGCGAACUGGUUCUAUGUUCAGAAUCCUGAGCCCGCACUUCCCGAGUACUGUUGUCUUCCUCCGGUUUACCAGGACACAUGGAACUCAUUGCCUAUGGGAGAUGAAGCUGCUCAGGCAGUAGAACUGAUGGAGAGGAUGAUAAAGCUGAAAGAACAGGGUCUUCAAGGAGAGCAGAUCACCCGGCACUUUAUCAAGUGUCGGUUAGCUCCAAUCAAAGAAAGAUCACGCACAGCUUUUGAGUUUGAUGGCAAGCAUGAUCCAAAUCGGGAAGAUCCAGAUUCUCUUGACUUUAAGGUCAUGAAAGAAAGAAUGUACAAAAUCUUUUCAAACGCUAUUGUUGUCAGCUAUUCACAUCUGCUGCCCGUUGUGCCAUUCAACGCAUUCAACCCUCCUCCACCGGAAUUUGCUUUGAUGAAGUCGGAUCCCCCAAUCGCUCAACGUCGAUCUCCCCGCCACCAAACUGGGCAAGGGAGCGGAGGACCAAGAAUUCGGUCUGAACCUCAACCAAGUGCUUCUGAUCCAGUCGGCCAGUCAGACUCUCGAAAGAGGAAGCUGGUUUUAAGUAACGACGAAGCCGAUGAUACUACCAGGCGGCCUAGAGACCGAGAGACAACCAAGAAACUACCAAAACAGGCUACUCUAAGGAAGAAAACCACCAGUCGCCCUGCGCCAAAGAUCAGGAAAUCUUCUAGGUACAACUCAUAUAACGAUCUCUCUUGCAUUAAUGUGCAUCCAUUGCGGCAAUAACACUGAUAAUCAAAUUUGCAGGAAACCAUCUGAUAUAGAUCUGUCUGGGAAAGAUUCUGACCCGACUAGCGUGGACGCAAGUUCUUCCAAAGAAACCGGGCCAACUGCCGAGGACCGUCCGAGUGACAAUCAGACGGCAACCGAUAACGUAGGAUCCGGUGAUCAACCCCCGACUGGAAACCAGUCGGCCGAAGCCGAAGCCGGAGUUAAUUAGGAGCCCCCGACUGGAAACCAGUCGGAUGCAGGGCCAAGCCAAGAGAUUCCAGAAGUCGGAGCUCAAGCAAACAGCCUUCGCGGUCAAGACGCCAGCAAUAACCAGAGAUCUGGAUCUCCUUUAAAGGCAUCCAAAUCCACUCGUCCUCGUCCAGAAAUCAUUACGGGUAAAACACUUUGUCUGAAACCAUGUCGACCCAAAUAACUCUGACCAAUUGUCUAACCUCUGUCAGUGGAUACAUUAGGGCCAAUGAUCAGUGAUGAAGAAGAAGUUCCCCGCAUACAAGCAGCUGAGGGUUCACGCCCUCCGAUUCUGGUCAAGUGGUGGGAUGACAACAUGCAGCCUCAUGGGAUCGUGAUAAAUAAGCAAAAAGAGGACGAAGAGUUAUGCCUACUGAAGAAGGCACUUG